AUGCCGCCCAAAGACAAGAAAGACGCUGGCGAGAUCCGACCGCUCGAACUGAACCCGCCACCAUCGUACUUCGCCUCCCGCAAUGCACUAUUCGACAAGCGAAAGGCCGAACAAGAUGCGUGGAAGGCCAAGCAACCACGAGAGAAGAUAGAAGUCACGCUGGACAAUGGCAGUGUCAAGGAGGGAACCAGCUGGGACACUUCCCCCGCCCAGAUUGCCCGAGAAAUCAGCAAGAGUCUCUUCGAGCGCACGGUGAUUGCGCGCGUUGAUGGCGAGCUGUGGGAUAUGGACCGGCCAUUGGAGAAGAGCUGCAAGCUCGAGCUCCUCGACUUUGAGCAUCCAGAAGGAAAGAAAGUCUUCUGGCACAGUAGCGCACACAUUCUCGGUGAAGCAUGUGAGCGGAGAUUCGGCGCCUCGCUCUGCAUUGGUCCACCGGUCGACGACGGUUUCUAUUACGAGAUGGCACUGCCUGACCACGCUGCUGUCACCCACGAAGACUGGAAGCCGCUCAAGCAGAUCGUCGACAAGGUGGUCAAGGAGAAGCAGACCUUCGAGCGACUGACUCUGAGCAAGGAGGACCUUCUGGAGAUGUUCUCGUACAACAAGUACAAGCAGCACAUCAUCCGCGACAAAAUCCCAGACGGCACAUCCACCACUGUGUAUCGGAACGGGUCACUCAUCGAUCUGUGCAGAGGGCCUCACGUGCCCAAUACUGGUCGUGUUAAGGCAUUCGACAUCAUGAAGAACUCGGCCUCAUAUUUCUUGGGAGACGCGAAGAAUGACAGUCUGCAGCGUAUUUAUGGUGUUUCAUUUCCAGACAAGAAGGCCCUUGAAGAGCACAAGAAGCUGCUCGAGGAGGCCGCCAAGCGCGAUCAUCGCAAGAUUGGCCAAGACCAAGAGCUCUUCUUCUUCCACCAAAUGUCCCCCGGUUCCGCCUUCUUCCUUCCUCAUGGCAUGAUCAUCUACAACUCGUUGAUGGCGUACUUGAAGGAAGAAUACUGGAGGCGAGGCUACCAGGAGGUCGCCUCGCCCAACAUGUACAACUCCGCCCUCUGGAAGCAGUCCGGUCACUGGCAGCACUACCACGAGGACAUGUUUACCUUCGACGUCGAGAAAGACAAGUGGGCACUCAAGCCCAUGAAUUGCCCGGGUCACUGCUUGCUUUUCGCCCACCGAGAACGUAGCUAUCGCGAGCUGCCCAUGCGCAUUGCCGACUUUGGUAUCCUCCAUCGCAACGAAGCCUCUGGAGCCCUCACCGGCCUGACUCGUGUGCGUCGCUUCCAGCAAGAUGAUACGCACAUUUUCUGCACUGAAGCUCAGAUCGAGCAAGAGAUCAAUGGCCUGUUCGACUUCAUGAUGGCUGUCUAUGGACGCUUUGGCUUCAAAUUCCGCAUGAAGCUGUCCACCAGACCGGAAGGCCAUCUUGGCGACGUAGCCACAUGGGAACGCGCAGAGGCGCAGCUCUCUAGAUCUCUCGACGCUUUCAAGGAGCAGACGGGCACUCCUUGGGAAUUGAACCCAGGCGAUGGUGCCUUCUACGGUCCAAAGAUCGAUGUCACAAUUUCCGAUGCACUCAAGCGAGAGUUCCAGUGCGCCACCAUUCAGCUCGACUUCAACUUGCCCAGACAGUUCAACCUCGAGUUCCGUACUGACGAGCAAGCCGCUGCUAAGGAAGCAGACAAGCCUGCCGUGAACGGCGACAAGGCCGUUGAGCCACCAAAGGCUGUUCCGGACAACCAGAAAGACCUACCCAUUCACCCAGCGCCAGCACCUGUUGAGACCGGCGAUCUCACUCCAGGUUGUGCACGACCAGUUAUGAUCCACCGUGCCAUCUACGGAUCCUUCGAGCGCUUCAUCGCCAUCUUGACCGAGCACUUCGGCGGCAAGUGGCCUUUCUGGCUCUCACCACGCCAGAUCCUCAUAGUCCCUGUGAUGCCCGCUGUCAACGACUACGUCCUCGAGCUACAAUCUCUCUUCCGCGAGAAGCGCAUGCACGUCGACGUCGACCUUUCCGGCAACACCAUGCAGAAGAAGAUCCGUACCGGUCAGCUUGCACAGUACAACUUCAUCUUCGUCGUCGGAGCACAAGAGAAGGAGAGCAGAUCCGUCAACAUCCGUAACAGAGAUGACCCAGCUACCCAGAAAAUGGGCGAGCUCAUUCCUGUAGAUCAAGCGAUCGAGCAGCUUACAAGGUUGCGCGAUGAGAGGAGGCUGGAAUCAUCGCUUUCCGCAUAG